AUGGCAAUCACGGCGGAGAGCGCGAGCCCGCGCAAUUCAUCAGCGCAGCCACCGGCUGAGGACCCGCGCCGCACCAGCUGCAGGCGGAACAAUACAGCUGACGUGACGUGUCCAGUGGAGCAGUGGCCGUAUGCAGACAGGCCUUGCUCGGCGGCGCGUCUCUGCCGUGUGCGGCAGGCGGAUUUGUGGGCUUACCUGCUGGCUGACACCGCAGCUGCGCUGCCGCCCCCGCCACCCUCGCCACCCCCGCAGCCGCCGAUUGAUUCGGACGCAGAUCGGCGCCCGUGCAGCCGCCCCGGCCCCUUUGUGCAUGCGUCCGCCCGCGUGUCUCCAUCGCGGCAGCCACCGCUGUUCAGCGGCAGCCAUUCAGAUCACGUCACAAAGUGGCCCGGCACCGCGGUGUACCCUACCACCACCAGCGCUAUUGAGAUAGGAGCACACAUCAAGAUUGUGGCAUUAGGUUCUGAUGGUAGCAGAUUCCAAGGAGAGCAGAGUUUGAGCAGAUUCCAAUGGGUGCAGACACUGCCAUCACCCUAUGAUGACGACUGUCUCAUUUGCGGCGGCGGCAGCGUGCACAAAUUAUCUCCGCAAUUAGCGAAGCCUGCUGCCGAGCCGCCCCGCCCAGGCCACCACGCCGGGCCGUCGACGCCGACGUCGACGCCGACGCCGACGCCGGGCAGACGCGUCGCGACACCCACGCCAGCCGGCUAA